CCGAAUCCUGGAACCUUUCGCUCACAUACUCAUUUCUUCUUCAGACCCGUGGCUACUGAUAACAUUUUGGGAAACUAUCUGUUGUCAUGAAGAUGGAUGGAACCAAACUGAUGAGGAAAGCAGACUCCUAUGUGGCGGAUCGAUGGAUCACCGAUAUGUUAACGUCUGUCUUUACCAAAACGGACAUCCCAGUCAACACGGUUUUUGGGCCUUGUGAUUUGAAUCACUCAUCGCUGUAUGACAGCAUUGCAUUCAUUGCUCUGAAAUGUUCGGACAGAAGGACCACACCUUACAUGUUGAAGGUGGACAUGUCCAGUGCUUCUUCAGAGAGUCCCUACUGGCUGCAGCUGGUUCAGUCUGCCAGAGAUGCUGAGGAGCAGAACCUGGAGGCGUAUGUGAAGGAUGGACAGCUGUUCUUUAGAGCUCUUCGGACAAUCAAGCGGGAUUCUGAACUCUUGGCAUGGUACAAGAAGGACCUAUCCCAACUACUGAGUCUCAUCUCAACUGAGACUAAAGGUGUCCCAUCGUACAUGUGCCCGUUCUGCAAACAGGGCUUUCAGUUUGAGUUUCCAUUUCUGGCACACCAGAGAUUUCUUUGCAAGGCGAGGUUCUUAAGUCUCACCUCCGACAGAGUUUCGAAAGUGAGCUUGCACUCUAAAGGGGCCAAACCUGCAACAGACUUCCACAACCUAGCGCGUGACCUAGAGAAUGGCAGAGCUCCCUCAGACAAGAUGGAGAACGGAGGACACACCAAGAGAAAGCACUCAGAGAUGGAGGGAGAAGGCAAAGAUGAGCGUUUGUUGUCUACCGCCUCGCAGGGAGACCAAACAGUGAAGAGAACAUGCGUUCAGAGAGCUACCGCUCAGCUGCGCAUUCCAGUACCACAUCGCCAGACUAUCUUAGGCAAGACCAGCGCUGCCAGGAGUGCCUUUGAAUCCCAGCCAAGCUCAAAGGGAAGUGCUCAUGGAAAAAACGUCACGGGCUCUGAGGGUCUUACCCAGUUGAACUGCAAACCUAAGAAGGAGCUGAUAGAGGCAUCCACACCCUCUUCUCACGGUGGAGCCAGCUCCACAAACGCCUCCAUCCGCGCUGGAGAGGAGAGGAAGAGUGCCUUUGUCCAGCCACCCCGGUCCUUCCCCCCAACCCACCCCCUGGUGAUGCCUCUCCCAGUGGCUCUCCCCCAACUCCCCAUCUCUGCGUCGAAGCUCCAGAGUACCGUACUGCUGCAGGCCUCAAUGCACAGGCAAGGGUCUCUCCUCCUCAAUGCCAGCAGGGCCUGGCCCAAGCCUCUGGCUCCGACCCCGACCCCGGUUCUACGAAAGUCCGCCGGCGCGCCCCACUCGCUCCUCUCCUACCCGCUGUCUCCGCUCUCCCCUCUCGGCCUCCCGGCGCAGAACUGGUGUGCCAAAUGCAGCAUCUCCUUUCACAUGACCUCCGACCUGGUGCACCACAUGCGGUCUCACCACAAGAGGGCGCCCUUCGAGGAGCAGGAGCCCAGGCAGAAGCGGGAGGACAGACUCAGGUGUCACAUCUGCAAGGAGACUUUCAGGGAACGCCAUCACCUCUCCCGUCACAUGACCUCUCACACAUAA